UGCAAUUUCGACUCACGCUCGACAAUCUAUUACGAAGGUCUCAGCGAAUCAUUGAUAAGUAUGGAGAAUAUAUUAAUUCCAGAUAUAAAGAAAGUUGCGUCCGUCACAGCAAAAACCAUCGACAGAUUUGCGAAUUUUGCGGAGGCCAUUUUUGUGACGGAGGAGGGACGAAGCUGUGUGGAGAACGUGUCCAAAGUGUGUCUCUGUCGGACGAUCAUGUUGGAGCUGGGUACUACAAAAACUGAUUUUGACGGUUUGUUUGACAUCCUACAGAACGUUAUCCUAACACUUGUAACAGAUACGUGCUCAGGUUGCUGCCGAACGAAUGAGACAAAGAUACCAAACCUGACACGGAUACAGAAAUAUGCUCUGCGCAAGUCUGUGACUUUUGACAAACUGUUGGUGAAGGAGCUUGAUAAUCAAGUUAAAAAUCUCCAACAAUUGGUCAAGAAACAUAAGAACUUUCUGACUAACGACGAGAAAUACAGACGGGAGGUUGACAAGUACGAGAAGAAACUGGCAGUACUUGUGUACCAACUUCACGGUUCCACCCCGAUGAAGACGAGGCUGCUGUAUUUCCUACAGAUGAAGCGUGACCGUGCACUGAAAGGGUUAAACAGGGCCAAGUCCGCCUAUCGCAUCAACGCUGACCUGGAAAGGAGCGUCAGAACUCAAAUUAAAAACGUGAGUGACGACCUCACGUGUAUCGUCACAGACAAAAUUAUCGACCGCCUUGAGUACGGCAUGGAAUAUUGUCUGUAUGACGUCAUCAGCAGGAUGAACGAGCGCGAAAAUAGAAUGAAAGCAGUCGAGUGGGUCAAACACCUGAACCUACGAGACAUGAGUGACCGGCUGGUCAGCCUGUGUUCAGAGACCUACGCCAUGAGGGUCAACGUCCAACCGGAUUACAAUGCUAACGCAGAACUAACUUUGGAGGAUGUAUCCAGCUACAACGGAAGUGUCGACGAGUCCGCCGGAAGUGGUAGCGACCCUACCGUUGUGGAGGAGAUUGCGAUUGACAAUUCCACCGGAGAAAUAAGUACCUCAUAUCCAGCUUGUGGAGGAAAGUUUUGCCGUAAGGUCGGCUUCUGCACUGGAGAGGAGAGUUACAAAUUUAACAAGGGUAUCUGCAAGCGUACAAUGACCGAGGCCAAAGUAAGGGUUAAAAGGGACGCGGACAGACGGACUCCUGGGUUCAUAGAUGUAAAACCUGGCAUGGUGAUCCGUCAGACCUAUACAGGACAGAACGAGAACGAGGUCGGGUUCGGAUACUGUCGACCCAGGAGAUGGGGAAGAAAACAAUGGGGAUUCUACUUCGUCAAGCCAACUCAAUGAAGUCGUGUAUAGGGAACAGCGGAAGUGACGCGGUGUUGGACCCAACAAUACAGGCAUCAAUAGCAGCAUAUGUUAAGAGAACAAUGAGAACGAAAUGGGGGACAUUUUGGAUAAACUGGUAAAAUAUCCGAUUAAUGAAAUGAGGAUCGCCCCCUUUGAAGCUAAGAAAUGAGGACACGAGCAAAGGUAUAAAGAGACAGUUCUGUCAGAAAAAACCUAUCAUGACAACUAGAAUGGAAUGAAGACGUACACCCUAUUAACACAAGUAAAAUAAUUGAGAUAACUUCGAUGACUUUCUCUACGAAAAUCUAAUACUACAACGAGAGAAAUGUGAAGUGGUGUUUUAAAAACGAAACUGAAACACGAUGACAUUUCUGAUAGUAAGACAGAUGUUCUGAUGGUAAAACAGAUGUCACAAGAAGAUAGGUGAUGAAGUUCAACGUUUUACUGCGUCUGUGACAAAACUCAAAAACAGAGAAAUCAAGACACAGUAUUUCCUUCAGAACCACAUCAAGCGCGAGAAACGAAGACGAACAGGCGUUGUAACAAAACGUGACAAAAUGACGGAUAAAGAUGCAAUCUGACUGAUUAGAAUAAAAAAGCAGUUCGAAUCAUUUUACGUAUUAACCCGUUUCAUCCUGAAUGCAAUGAAUUAGGUGGGAAGCAUUUUAGGGGCGGGUUUGGUGGCAAUACGUGAUUUGCAGAACAUGAGACAAUCCUCUGGCACACUGUGAAAAGUUGUAAGAUAACAAGUCACUGGCGUGGACUUGAAACGCCGUAAACUUGACCUGCUGCAAAUCAGAUAGUUCCACUAAUUUAAAAUUAUUGUUCGUAGUUUAGAGUUUAAAACUUAACUUUUUGGGGAAGUUCCGAUGGAACUACGUGAUUUGCACAGCAGGAUGCGAUCCUCUGGCACACUGUGAAAAGUUGUAAGAUCACAAGUCACUGGCGUGGACCUGAAACGCCGUAAACUUGGCCUGCUGCAAAUCAGAUAGUUCCACUAAUUUAAAAUUAUUGUUCAUAGUUUAGAGUUUAAAACUUAACUUUUUGGGGAAGUUCUGAUGGAACUACGUGAUUUGCAGAGCAGGAUGCGAUCCUCUGGCACACUGUGAAAAGUUGUAAGAUCACAAGUCACUGGCGUGGACUUGAAACGCCGUAAACUUGGCCUGCUUUAAAUCAGAUAGUUCCACUAAUUUAAAAUUAUUGUUCAUAGUUUAGAGUUUAAAACUUAACAUUUUGGUUAAGUUCUGAUGGAACUACGUGAUUUGCAGAGCAGGAUGCGAUCCUCUGGCACACUGUGAAAAGUUGUAAGAUCGCAAGUCAAUGGCGUGGACGUGAAACGCCGUAAACCUGGCCUGCUGCACAUCAGAUAGUUCCAUCAUUUAGAUAAUAAUACUCAUGCAUGGGUAAACAAAAGUUAAAUAAAUUGCAUUCGGGAUGAAAUGGGUUAAAACGGAAGAGUGUUUCUAUGAAUGGAAUGAAAAUCGAAGCAUUUCUAUUAGCUGACAUGAUCCGCACAUAAAACUAUAGGAAGUCUGUUCAUCUCUAUCGCGUCACAACAAAGGGAAAGAAAUUAAACUGGUACUACAAGAAAGGAAAUGAGGAAAAUGUGUCCUUAUCAGAUCAAUUUACACUUUUAAGUCACUCAGCAGGAAGUAUUUCAACGGAAACGAUGCUUUAUGGAAGGUAUGAACUAUGCAUGAAGUGGGCAUUUGAAUAAGGAAAUACGACAAAACGGUGUCCGUACGAAAAAGUGAUGAAACAAUUUAUUUAAUGUUCGGAGAGAACACGUGCUAUUAAGUAAAUACAGGUUCAAAUACGUAUUCAGCAACGGGUGAUUACACGUUAAGCGUCUAAGGAAUUGUCACUUGAUGUUCUGAAACGAACGACUUAUGU